UCCCAUCUUCUUUCCCAUUUUUCCAACCCUCAUCCCACUUUUCCUGGCCUUUCUCCCACUUUUCCAGCCCCAUCCUGCUUUUCCAGGAGUUUUUCCCACUUUCCCAGGAGUUUUUCCCACUUUUCCAGGAGUUUUUCCCACUUUUCCAGCCGGUGCUGGGAUCCCGGAGCAGGAGGGUUUGGCCAUGGCCUCCAACGGCUCCUCUGGAAUUCGGGAUUCCCCCCUGGAGACAGGAAUUUUCCUGGAUGAGGAUCUGGGAUCCGACUGGUACCUCUACGAAUCCACGGAAUCUGCGCUGGGAGAUGACCUUCUUCCCGACGCCAUCCCGGAAUGCCACCCCACCAUUUCCCCCCGGCUCUACCACACCAUCAUGGCUCCCGUUUCCCUGGCCGUGAUCCUGGCCUUGUCCUUCCCGGCCAAGCGUCGCCGUCUCCACCGGAGCUGCUGGAGCGGCGUCCCGGGAUUGCUCAGGUAUCGGAAUUCCCAAAAUCCCACCCCUCCUUCCCUGGAAAGGGCUCGGAAUUCCCAAAAUUCCUCUUCUUCUUCCGUGGAAAGGGCUCAGAAUUCCCAAAACUCCGGGAAUCUGGAGGAGGACGGGAGCCGCGCUCCGGCCGCCGCCGCCUUCGCCCUGCAGAUCUCGGCGCUUUUCCAGCUGCUGCUGGACCGGGAACCGCUGCCCCUGGCAGCGCCCGCCGGACACGGAGCGCGCGAGUUCUGGAAGCUGCUGGCGCUGCUCUAUUACCCGGCUCUCUACUGGCCGCUGCUGGCCUGCGCUGCUGCCCGGCGCCGCCGCGGCUACGCGGCCGGAGCUCUGCUGGCCUGGGGCCACUGCGGGGCCCAGCUGGGCCAGCGGCUGCAGUGUCCCCUGCGGCCACAGGUGCACGGGCUGUACUCGGCUCUGUGCCACGUCCCCGCGCUGCUGGCACUGGCUCUGCUCAGCCUCUGGUACCCGGCACUGCUGAUCCGCAGCCUCCGGCAGCGCCCGGAGCCACAGCAAAUUCCCAGAUUCCGUGUCCCGUUCCCAGGGCUCCUGAUCCAGCAGGUGAUUUUCUUCCUGUGCUCCGUGGCCUUCGCAUUCCUGGUGGUGAUCCCGCUGCAGGCCGGCCACGGCUCCCCGCUCCUUGGGAUCCUCCGGAACGUUUGGCCCCUCUGGCUGUUCCUGUUCCUGGCCGUGCUCCUGCAGCACCUCCUGGCCCAUUUCCACUUCCUGCAGCGCAACUCCCUGAGCGCCGAGCUGGCCCACAGGUGCACUCUGAGUGUCACCUCCUUCCUGCUCUUCCCCACCAACGUCCUGGUGGGCUUGGUGGCCGGAGUGUGGCGCGUGGUCAUCUCCGGCCUCUACAACUCUGUCCACUUCUGCCGGCUGGACAUCAGCCUGCUGCACCGCCGUGCCGACACCUUCGACCCAGGGUACCACAGCUACUGCCACUACCUGCGGGUGGAGGUCAGCCAGUGCCACCCCCUGCUCAAGGCCUUCUGCUUCCUGCUCCUCCAGCCCUGCCGGCCGGAGCCACCCCGGGACACCCAGCUGGAGGAAGGCCUCCAGCUGAUGCAUCCCAAGCAUCCGGCUCUGGGAAAAGCUCGGAUCCGGCAGAUCCGGGCACGCUGGUGCCUGGCCUACACGCUCCUGCACAAUCCCUCGCUGAGUGCUUCCCGGAAAACUGCGCUGGCCAAUCCCGCCGCCAAUGGCGCCCAGCUGGGCGUUCCCAGGCCCUGAAUUCCCGGGAAUCCUGUCCCAUCUCCCAUCCCAUCCCCAGUGGGAAUUUCAGGCUCUUCCCACCUCCCCCUUUCCCUUUUCCUCCGGACUCUCUCCAAGGGUUUAUCCCUAAAUCCCCUCCUGAGCUCCGGAGGUGAUGCCUCUGAGCCCGGCCUGGAUGGAUCCAAGCCGAGGAAAACACUCCCAACAUCCCAAAAAUAUUUUGGGAUUCCCUCCCGCAGCCAGCCCCUUUCUCAGCAGCUUUUCCUCCACGGGACAAUUCCCAGGGAACCGGGACAGGGAUGCGGAGGGAUCUUCUCCAUCCCAAGGAAUUCCCAACUGCCUGGAAUUACCCCUGGAGCUCCACGUGGGAGAAAAUUCCCAUUCCCAGCUUCUCCCUCCCCGAUCCCAGCUCUGUUUGGGCUCCGCAUCCGCUCCCAGGACUUUUUUAUCCCGCCAAGUUUUGAAGGAUCAAAUCCCUCCCUGCUCCCCGUCCUCUACCAUUCCUGCUGGGUUUUCCAGGGCUGGGAUCCAUGGAAAACCUCGCUGGGAAGUGCAGGGGGAGGGGAAUAAACAGAUACCUCAUUCCCGCUCCCGA